UUUUUUCCCGCCACUUCUUUCUCAUAUUGCAAAAGCAAGAAUAAAUUGGAAAGAUGUUGACAAACCAGUCAGGAAUAUGUUUGUUAGCUGGAGUUUGUGCUACGUUGAUUGCACUGGCUGUAGCGUACUACGUGUACUGGACUGUUAUUCUGAGUGAAGGACCUUGCACACGGAACUAAGCAGUUACCAUGGGCUUAAUUGCAUUUCUGAAGACCCAGUUUAUUGUUCACCUCCUGAUUGGGUUUGUCUUCGUUGUGAGUGGGUUCAUCAUUAACUUCAUCCAGCUAUGCACGCUAAUCCUCUGGCCUAUAAACAAGCAGUUAUAUCGACGCGUAAACUGUCGCCUUUCCUAUUCAUUGUGGAGCCAGUUAGUGAUGUUGCUGGAAUGGUGGUCAGGCACAGAAUGCACGUUAUUCUCAGACCAGGCUGCAGUGGAUAAGUUUGGGAAAGAGCAUGUCAUCGUUAUCCUGAACCACAACUAUGAAAUAGAUUUCCUGUGUGGCUGGACCAUGACAGAGCGCUUUGGUGUAUUGGGGAGCUCAAAAGUUCUGGCUAAGAAAGAGCUGCUGUGUGUGCCCCUAAUUGGCUGGACGUGGUACUUCCUAGAGAUUGUUUUCUGCAGAAGGAAAUGGGAAGAAGAUCGAGACACUGUUAUUGAAGGGCUAAAACGGUUGGCUGAUUAUCCAGAAUAUAUGUGGUUUCUCUUGUAUUGUGAAGGAACUCGUUUUACAGAGACCAAGCAUCGUAUCAGUAUGGAAGUGGCAGAAUCUAAGGGAUUGCCUAAACUGAAAUAUCAUCUGUUACCCAGAACCAAAGGCUUCACUACCGCUGUCCAGUGUCUCCGGGGAACAGUUUCAGCAGUGUAUGAUGUAACAUUAAACUUCAGAGGAAAUAAGAACCCAUCCUUAUUAGGAAUCCUUUAUGGGAAGAAAUAUGAAGCUGAUAUGUGUGUCAGGAGGUUUCCUCUUGAAGAUAUCCCUUUGGAUGAGAAGGAAGCAGCAAACUGGCUUCAUAAACUUUACCAGGAAAAGGAUGCUUUACAAGAGAAGUAUAAUCAAGAAGGUAUAUUUCCUGGUCAGCAAUUCAAACCUCCCAGAAGACCUUGGACUCUCCUAAACUUUCUUUUCUGGGCCACAAUUCUCCUGUCUCCUCUUUUCAAAUUUGGUUUUGGAAUUUUUGCAAGUGGAUCACCUCUCCUGAUUCUUGCAUUCCUGGGCUUUGUUGGAGCAGCUUCCUUUGGGGUUCGUAGACUGAUAGGAGUAACAGAAAUAGAAAAAGGCUCCAGCUAUGGCAACCAAGAAUUCAAGAAAAAGAAAUGAUUUUACAGAUGCACUUCCAAACACAUAGCAAGACUAUGGUACCGAAUUUACUUCAUUGAAAGAAACUUAGAAAACUUAUCUUCUUUUCUUAUUAACUUGAUAACUAAUAAUACUUGAGCCAAGACUGAAGAAAAUGGAAGAUUC